GGUGCACGGAGAACAGCAGUGCGGCUGCGCGCGAGGCGGCCGGCGCGCCGGCGCGCAGAGGGGGCGGGGUGAAAGGUCACAGCGCGGCGGCGGGUCUGGCUGGCGGCGGCCGCGGGCGGGAGUCGAUUGCCCGGUGUGCACGUGUGGAGAAGCGGCGGCACAGCGCGGCGGCGGGAGACACUCCCGCCCCCUUCGGAGACGUAGGACUGCGCUCGACUCCUGCGGCCUCCGUCAUUCGCUCAGCUCCCUGCCCUAGGUGGGGAGGCCGGAUUGUGGGGGUUGAGUGGCCCGAACUGAGGGCGCAGAGAGCUCAGGGCGGCGACGACAACGGCGUUGAUAUCCGCGGUAACAACGGCCUCAGCAGGCGGGGAAGAUGAAAGGCCGGAUCGAGCUGGGAGAUGUGACACCACACAAUAUCAAACAGUUGAAGAGAUUAAACCAGGUCAUCUUUCCAGUCAGCUACAAUGACAAGUUCUACAAGGAUGUGCUGGAGGUUGGCGAGCUAGCAAAACUUGCAUAUUUCAAUGAUAUUGCAGUAGGUGCAGUGUGCUGUAGGGUGGAUCAUUCACAGAAUCAGAAGAGACUUUACAUCAUGACACUAGGAUGUCUGGCACCAUACCGAAGGCUAGGAAUAGGAACGAAAAUGUUAAAUCAUGUCUUAAACAUCUGUGAAAAAGAUGGCACUUUUGACAACAUCUAUCUGCAUGUCCAGAUCAGCAAUGAAUCUGCAAUUGACUUCUACAGGAAGUUUGGCUUUGAGAUUAUUGAGACAAAGAAGAACUACUAUAAGAGGAUAGAGCCCGCAGAUGCUCAUGUGCUGCAGAAAAACCUCAAAGUCCCUUCUGGCCAGAAUGCAGAUGUGCAAAAGACAGACAACUGAACAAAUUAGAAAUGAACUUUCUUGCACUUGCUUGUCGCCAAAUAAAAGAGAGGCCCAUUGAUUUUUUUACCCCAUCUUUCUUUUCCCCCUCCUACCUUGUUCUUGUUUGUCCUCCUUUCUUUCUUUUUCUUUCCUCUAAAAGGUUUAAUACUUCCAAGGACUUUCAAAAUUAAUCAUGUUUGGAUUGUUUUAGUUUUCUUAUUUUUGUGAGGUGGUUUGAUUGUAGGAAGGAGGAGGUAUAGAUCUGUUUGGUUUCAUAGUUAAGAUAUAUAUGGUCCCAAAAAUUUGGGUGUCAGUGUCAAUUUUUUUUUUAUGUCCUGCUUUCACAUUGAAGGGCAGAGCCUACGAAAUGUUGUAUAUAUCAAAAGACAAAAAGAAACAGCAGCAAUAUCUUAUUCUCUAAUUCAAAGACAAGUUUAGUGUGUUUGUGGUACUUUGGGUUUUAAAGACUGUGGGAUGCUAAUCCCUAGACAUUGCCUUCACUCCACCUUUUGUCCUUCUGAGUGUUAUCUCAGGAGUUGGACCAUUGUUAUCCUUGUAAGAAAUACUAAGCUUAUUUUGUUUUUUAAGCAGUUAUUUCUUUCUUCCUUGCUGAGGGUGGGUGGGACAGUUUGGGUAGGUAGUGUUUUACUUUGGUCUCCGUAUUUGAGUUACAUGAGUGGGCUGGUUGUUGGCAGGUUUAUUUUUCCUGCUGUUGAUUGUUAUUAGUGGCAUUAACUUUUAGAGUGUGGGCUGGUGAGAUUAAUUUUUUUUAAUAUCCCAGCUAGAGAUAUGGCCUUUAACUGACCUAAAGAGGUUUGUUGUGAUUUACUUUUUUUUCCUGUCCUUUUUCUUCAGUACACCCACAAUAGUUAGUCUAACCUUAAAAAUGGGAGUUGAUGUCCUUAUAGGUCAAUACCCCUAAAUAAAUCUGAAGCAGGUAUCGUCUCUUGGACAUAUUAAAAAACACCUAAAAGGAAGCUUAGAUGGAUUUGUGGCACGAUAAAUGCAUUUAAUGUCAGCUAAUGCGGACUUAAAAGUAUGGCCACUGAGCAUUUGAUUAUAUAGGAGAGAGUAUCUAGACAGUAUUUUUGAGAAUAACAUAGCUGUGCUAUUGCUUAUCUGUUGGAGAACAUCCCAGAUUUGCUUAUUUUCUGUGCCUAUGAUAAUGAGUUUAAGGAUUUGGGGGAGGGGGAAUUGUUAAAUAAAUUGCUUCUAUUCUUGGAAAAGUAGAAGUUUAGAAGUGUUAAUAACACAGAUUUCACUGUGACCUCCUCUACUGACGUGACUGGUUUAUGCCAGAUCAUUUUCUGGCACAUAGGGAGUGGCUUGGAUGGGUUGAUAACUUUUGUAAGAUAGGAGACAUCUGAAGUUUUCAUGUUUUCCUCCAUUGUCCCAUAUCCAAUAUUUAAAAUUCUCUAGAUUGCCAAUACUGGUGGCCCAUGAAAUGUUCUCAUUAGACUUUAAAACAAUGCACAGGGCUUGAAUUUUCUUGUCAUUUGUCUUUAAAAGAAAGUUUGAUUCGUAAUAUUUAUCCUCAUGUAAAUUCUGAUAAUAUAAGUCUCAUCUCUCCAAAUAUAUUAAAUGACAAAAUUAUUUUACAUAGUGUUUAUGCACAGUUUGUAAUCUUAAGUUCUUAUUUGAGAAUGUGAAAGUACAAAGUAUAGUAGACUUCAAUGGUCUUAAUUGAGUGCCAAGAGUAAUAUAGAAAAGGAAGAUAGCUGAAUGAGUUUAUAAGAUUCUAAUUCUUAAGAUAGUAAAAAUGUAGAAAGACCAUGCUGGUUUCUUGGGUAUCAAUUUCUUUAGCAGUCCAAAUACAAGUUUAGAAAAAAAGAGCAUUAAGCACCUUUACCUUCAUGGAUAAGCUUCAGCUUGCUCUUGCCAACAGAAGAGUGCUUGAGUUACAGAAGGCAUACUUAGUUUGAAGAAUUCAGCCUUUUUGUAAACUUCCAGAUAUCAAAAUAGAUUUUGAUAUAUAAAUGAGUUUUCUGAGAUGACACUGCCUCUAUUUCUAUAACCAUUUCACCUGGACUAUCUAAUCAGUCCAAUGAAUGUAUCCCUAAAUGUGGUUGUUGAAAACUGAAUAGCUGCCUCAUGACAAUUAAGUACAUGUUAUUUAAGGAGGGGAAAAAAAUUACAUUUUGAAUUGAGUAUGUAGGCUUCUUAUCAUUAUACUUUCUUUUUCCACACUAGAUAAUGACUUUAAAUUGUAAAUGUUUGAAAAGGGUUGAUUGUCCUACAUCAAACUUGUAUUAAGUAAUUCCAUCCAUUUAAGGAAGAGGAGGAUGUAGAAGCCGUAGGAGCUGGGCACUAGUUCAUACGCCUGUGAGUCGGUAAAGACUCAAAUAACGUCCCAUGUUGAGUUGGUUAUUUUGGAACGUAAAAAUUGUUGAGGUAAAACAAUCCUAUUAACUGGAAGAUCAGAGAAUAUAUCCAUAUUUUUUGGACAGAUAGUUUUUACUGUGGGGCAAAUAGGUAAAAAUUAUCCUGUUUUGUUAUUGCAUUUGGGUUCUAAAGAAAAGAAUCUGCAGAGAAAUCUAUGCAAUAUAUAAUUUGUCCAGAUUAGUUUUAAUUUGGGGAAAGAAGUUCUAAAAUAUCCCCAAAGCAAUUUAUUCAUCAAUUGAAAGUCCUCCAAAAAUAGAACUAUUGGGAAACUGGUUUGUGGGUGGAAAAGAAAAGCUCCCUCAGUUUUUUGGAGGGAAUAACUUUAAAAAUACUUAAAUGGCUAAGUUUACUUGGUGCAGUUAAAAAUUAAACUUGUUGAUUUUAACAUUGCUGUUACAUCUGAAAUAAACUUAUGUGAUGUUCUGGUA